GUAUCGACUUUGCCAUCAACGCCAAGCCUCUGACGCGCUACAUGCCAGCAGACAAGCAGUCGUUUCAGUAUAAGAUGUGGAAGUUUGUGGUGUCGCCGCCCUUUGAGUACUCCAUCAUGACCAUGAUCGCACUCAACACUGUGGUGCUGAUGAUGAAGUUUCACGGUGCUCCGGAGCUGUACGAGGCCAUGCUGAAGUACCUGAACAUCGUGUUCACAGCUCUCUUCACACUGGAGUGCAUCCUGAAGAUCAUCGCUUUUGGACCACUGAAUUACCUGAAGGCAGCCUGGAACGUGUUUGACUUUGUGACAGUUUUGGGGAGUAUCACGGACAUCUUGGUCACAGAGAUUAAGGUAAAUUCUGCUACCAUAUCCCUAUGUAGUAUCGUACUUCCUGUAAGAGCUGCUACAGUACAACGUGCCCAUUCAACUUCUUAUAUGUAAAGACAUCAGCCAAAAGGGAUACUCCUAUAUGCUGUCCUGCCUGUAUAACUUCACUCAUAAUAACUUUACUCCUUGAAGGAGGAUGUUUUCAAAGGAAAGUCAUUUCACAAGGUUUAACCCAGUUACAGUACUCGUGGUGAGGUAAUCAGUUGAAGUCAACAGCGGAUUCUCCUAGAGAGCUGAUGGGYAUAGCUGAGAGCUUCCUGCCGGGACUGAGUACUCAGUGUCUCAUGCUGGAUGGAUUAGUAUGGAGCUGGGGACAGACAGAGUGGCAGGUAGAGUUUGAAAUGGGGAUCAGGAAAAGCAUCUGUGCAGAUUGCAGAACAGUAGCACUAAAGUGGAUUGGAGUAGUCCGUUUACUGUUUAACACUCUUUGUGGAAGAAGUCUCUUUUUUGUAGGAUUUCUCUCCACGUUACUGUCAGUCUUUUUCUUCUCUCUCCCUCUCUCUCUGUUUUUUCUCUCUCUUUCUCUUGCUGUGUUUCCAUCUUCUGCUAUGACUUUACUGGCGCCUGCCCUUUGCCAUCACUCUGCCAACCUCUGCCUCCUCUCUGACACUAUGGGCUGCUCUAGACGGACAAGCUGAUCAACCUGAGUUUCCUGAGGCUUUUCAGGGCGGCCAGGCUCAUCAAGCUAUUGAGGCAGGGCUAUACCAUCCGCAUCCUGCUGUGGACCUUUGUCCAGUCCUUCAAGGCCCUACCUUACGUCUGCCUCCUCAUCGCUAUGCUCUUCUUUAUCUAUGCCAUCAUAGGCAUGCAGGUGUUUGGAAACAUUGAGCUGAAUGAGGAAUCGGCCAUCAACCACCACAACAACUUCCAGACAUUCUUUCAGGCUCUGAUGCUUCUGUUCAGGAGUGCAACAGGCGAGGCYUGGCAUGAGAUCAUGCUGUCGUGUCUGAGUAACCGUCCGUGUGAUAAGCUGUCAGGGUCCGGAGGGAAGGAGUGCGGCAGUGACUUUGCUUACUUCUACUUUGUCUCCUUCAUCUUCCUCUGCUCCUUCCUGAUGCUCAACCUUUUUGUGGCGGUCAUCAUGGACAACUUUGAGUACCUAACCAGAGAUGCCUCCAUCCUGGGGCCUCACCACCUGGACGAAUUUAUCCGCGUCUGGGCCGAGUACGACCCUGCUGCCUGCGGAAGGAUAUGCUAUCAGGAUAUGUACAAAUUGUUGCGUUUUAUCUCGCCUCCUCUCGGCUUAGGGAAGAAGUGCCCUAAUAGGGUGGCCUACAAGCGAUUGGUCAAGAUGAACAUGCCCAUCGCCGAUGACAAUACAGUGCACUUCACGUCCACGCUGAUGGCUCUCAUCCGCACCGCUCUGGAGAUCAAACUGGCAUCUGGGGUGCUGGCUCAGCGCCUGUGUGAUGCUGAUCUGAGGAAGGAGAUUUCCAGAGUCUGGCCUAACCUGCCUCAGAAGACUGUUGACCUGCUGGUCACACCAUAUAAAAUUGAUGAGUUCAAUGAGCUCAUAUGCCCCUUUGCGGUUGUAAACCGAGAGCUGACAGUGGGGAAGGUCUAUGCUGCCCUCAUGAUCUUUGACUACUACAAGCAGAACCGGGCCAAGAGACUGGAACAGCAACUGGGACUGGACUUCACAGGGACAAUUAAGAAUAAAAAGGGUGCAGCCUUCUUCCGCCCCAUGAUGCCCAUGACCCAUCUGCAGGAGGAGACGCCAAUCACCACUGCCAAGCCCCCGCCCCCCUCACAACCUGAACCAGAGCCUCAGCCAGAGCCUCCGCCCGCCACCACCUCUCUAACCAAUGGUGACACAGUACCAAGCCCUAGAAGUGCCAUAAAAGAGUCCGUAUCAGGAGAUCAGCUGUCUCAGGAGGGCCAGCGGUCCAGCACUAGCAGUCGGACUCUACAGAGGGGCCAGUCAGAGGACGUGCCCUACUCCAUCAAACCUCAGGAAUCAGUGGAGAUGAGGCAGGUGGAGAACGGUGCUGAUUUAGAGGGCUACUUUGGUCUGGAGGGCCAUGGCAGAGCAGCGUCCAUGCCUAGACUGGACUCCCAGUACUAUCGGAACCACCCUCGCCACCUACCUGGGACCUACCUGGCACCUAUACCUGACAUCAGUCCUAUCAGGCGGUCGGCGUCCACGUUGGCUUCCCAGCGCCCCCAGGAGGUGAGUCUGAGUGACUACACCCUGGAGAGGCCUAGCCAAGCCCAGGCCCAGUCGUCCUCAGUCCCAGGCCAGGCCCAGGACAGGCCCUACCACCAUCACCACCACCACCGCUGUCACAGACGCAGGGACAAGGAGAGGGACAAGAAGCAGAAGUCACUCGACAGGACAUCCAACGUGCAGCCUUCUAGUAUAGCAGGUUUGCCUGCUGACCCUGCCGUGGAGGGCUUGUCCGGGGAGCGGGCGAGGGAGCGUGACCGAGGCAGGCCUCAGGAGAGAAGGCAUCACUCUGCUGCCGGGGAGAAGCAGCGCUACUACUCCUGUGAGCGCUACGGAGGCAGGGAGCACUACCACACCAAGUCAGCCGGCCCGAGCCGCUCCACCUCCCCUGGAGAGACCCAUGACCUAGGCCUCUUCAAGCAGAGUAUCGGCAUUGCUAAAGGCAGCCAAGUGGUCUUAACUUCAGCGUUCAGCACACCGUGCCGUGGGCGCAGACAGCUUCCCCCAGACCCCCCUCACCCCCGCCCGCCGUGGCCUACAAGACCGCAACUCCUCACCUGUGCACGCCCUGUUGGAGUCACCGCCGUGCCCGUCACCCGCAUCGGCCAACCCCAACCUGAGCCCCAGUUGCGGGUGCCCCUCCACGCAGCCUCCCUGAGGAGCCUGAUGACUUCCAGGACCGCUGUGAGCACCCAUGGAGGGGGAGGUGGCCGCUCCCCCAGGACCUCUGCCUCAGCAUCCCAUGGGGCUACUGAGCCUUCCUCUGCACCUGCCCACAAGGCCGGGCUGGGUCCCAAACGGUACCACUUCACUCUGGGGUCAAGCCGGUUCGAGUUCCAGCACCAGAGGAACUGGGAGCUUCCGGAGAAGGAAGAGAUGACUGGUGCUAGCAUUCAGGCUUUAGCAUGA